AUGGUGGCACCAGAGCUCAAGACCAUCAAGAUCAGGGGAUGCUGGGGCCUACGCCAACUGCCGGUGGUGGGUGCCCACAGCGGAGACAUGAAGAAGCCGAUCGUCGAGAUCGAGAAAGACAUCUGGGACGCUCUGGAGUGGGACGAGCAGGUGGCUCCUGGCCACUUCGAGGCGCCGCUGCACUCACGCUACUACAAGAAGAAACUGCCUAGGGUCUCUGUCCUCAGGUGA